GCUGGACUAGGCACGGAUGCCUAACAUUGGAGUACCAAGAUAUAGUCGCAGAUUAUGCAUCUCAGGCGAGACAACGAGUGUUAUUGCGUGAAUGAUCUCGAUGGACAUUCUGGCGAAAUGAAUAUAAAUUUUUGGUUAGCAGUUUUCAUUGUUGUUAUAAAUUAUCAAAAUGUAUUUGGGAAGAAACAUUUUGGAGCCGCAUGCUGCGAGGAAUAUUGCUACAGCACAGAUAAAGUUCAGGAGCACAUGAAGCACCGAUCAAGCAGCACCGCCUAUCAGUUAGUGAAAGGGAUUGAUUAUUUUGAUCAGUCUGGGAUACCUAACUGUAAGCCAGUUCGAUUUUGGUUCCUAUCUAGGCAUGGUACAAGAUUACCUGGAAAGGAGGAAAUAGAAGGUAUUCCGGGAUUAGUAUCGUUGAGUCUUCAUUAUCAUCAACAGCUUCGGGAUAAUAUAAUCGAAAACUAUGAAGUAAAAAAGACAGCACCUGCAAAGGGUGCCCUCUGCGGCCAGGAUUUGGAGUUGCUUAAAAACUGGGUAGUGAAUGAAAAUAUCACCAUGGACAAGAAUCAAUAUUUAACGGAUCAAGGAUGGAACGAUUUAAAAGGAAUAGCAGAGGAUUAUAAGGAGGCCUAUCCAACAUUGCUUGGUAGAGAAUACGAACCAAGCGAAUAUGCGUUUCAUCAUUCAGGAAACCAACGGACAGAAGCUAGUAUGAUGGCAUUCAUAGAGGGACUAUUUGGACCGGGAGCUUCAGAGAAUAUAUCUCAGCCUGCUCAAUAUGCGAACGAUACUUUUUUGCUUCCAGCAAAAUAUUGUCCUGCCUGGUCGACUGGUUUGAGUAAAAUCAAUGAACCGGGUUCAGAAACAAGUAACUUCAUAGCUUCAUCGCGGGUCGCACAAAUGUUAACUGAUAUAGGCAAGCGCCUUGGCUUUGACGAACCAUUGACGUUCAAACAAGUGCAGCUAAUUUACAACAUGUGCGCGUACGAAAAAGCCUGGUAUCUUGAUAAACCAAGCCCUUGGUGUUCGGUUCUUACACUGGACCAAGUUAAAAUCGUAGAGUAUCAAUACGAUUUGUUUUACCAAUACAGAAGUGGAUAUGGGAACGAUUUAAAUUAUGAUAUGCCAUGUAAAGUUAUGAAGGAUAUGUUGAAUCGUAUGGCUAAAGACGAAGGGCCACGUGUGACUGCGUAUUUUUCGCAUUCUUCCCUUCUGCAAAUGUUUGCAAUUGGACUGGGCGUUUUUAAGGAUAGUUCCCUAAUGACGAAUUCAAAUUAUGAUUCCAUGGAGGGUAGGAAAUGGCGUUCUAGUAAAAUAGAUCCAUUUGCCUCAAAUUACGCAAUCGUCAAAUAUGAUUGCUCAAAGGACGAAAAUGAUCCUUCACCCACAGUAAAAUUUUUCUUAAAUCAACGAUCUCUGGAAAUGGAUAACUGUACUAAUGGGCUAUGUAGGUUAGAAGACGUAUUGAAAACUUACAAGAGGUACUUAGAUGAAGACUGUGAAGAAUGCCAGGAUGCAAGUGAAGAUGUUGCAAUUGGACUAUGAGUCAGCGCAGUCACUAAUAAUCAAUUAUUCCUGUAGAAGGUUCUCCAUCAACUUUUCUUUAAUUUGCAGUUAUAUUUAAUCACAAUGUAUUAUUUUGUGUAUUUUUGUAAAGAUUAAAUAAAUUAAUUCUUUUUUUAUGGUCCAACAA